CAAUAGAUGGAAUAAGCAGAAUAAAUGUAAUAAGAGAAAUUAUAAAAGGAAAUUGAUUUGAAAGAAGAGCUUAAAUAAAUAUUUGCGACAAUCCCAACGGAAAAAGAAGAACUAUUCAAUACUCAAAUUAAUUGGCAGCUGUUUGCUUAGGUAUUAAUUAUAUAUUUAGUUAAUCCCAAGUCUAACUUAUUGGAGAAAAAGAUCCGUCCAUGGUUAAGGGAGAGGUGCAUUGAAUAUUUAUCUUAAGAGGAGAGAGUAUUUAUUGAUGCCAUCAUCAAAAGAUUAUUUAAUCGUGAGAAGCCAUAAACAAUUAUAAAUAAAGUUGUAAAGAAGGUCUUGGAUGACGAUAGUGAGCAAUUUGUUAUAAGAAUGUGGAAGAUGAUCAUCUUUGAAUUGAGAAAAUUAGAAAGAGGUCUGAUAUCUUGA